GUGAUUCUGAGUAUCUUGGUGCCUCCUGCCAUCCUCCUGUUGGAGUACAAAUCCAAGGCUGAGAUGGCUCACAUCCCUCAGAGUCAGGACGACCACCAGAUGACCAUGGAGGACAGCGAACACAACUUCCAGAACAUUGCUGAAGACAUCCAAAUGGAUGUGUUCAAGGAGGCCAGAUCCCACGACCACGUGGAGGCAAAGAACGACAUGGAGACACACAUUCGCUCCAGGAAGCUGCCCUUAACCAGGAAAAUUUAUGCCUUCUACCACGCUCCCAUUGUCAAGUUCUGGUCCAACACGGUAUGGAGAUUACAGAAGAGA